GGACAUACCAGAUACUGAUUCCUUGUGAAUUGAGUUUUCGCAUUAUAAUCGUUGUUACAGUAGCAAAUAAUCUGCCAAUAUUGAUUGAUAUUUUCUAAUAAUGUUAUGAAAUUUUAUCUUAAUGGUUGUUAAACAUUAAAUUUAAAAGAUAUAUCUUAAAUGUGUCAAAGAGAGAAGAAAUAAAGUGUAAACUUUUCUAGGCCUCGCUUCUUUUCUGACUGAGUAUACUGUUAGCUAUUUGGUAAACAACGCUUGAAAUAGAUAUCUAAAACGAAAGUAGAUUUUUCGAAAACGGAUUACAAAGAUGGUCGGGAAAUGAUGCAUGGACUUACACGUACACCUGAUAAACAUUGAUAAGCAUUCAACAUUUACAUUGACACAACUGUAUGUGUAAGGCAAGCAUCUGAUGGAUUUAUGUUCUUAUCAAAAUUGUGUGGGAAAAAACAACGAGUCAAACAUGUUCGAGUGGAUACAACUGACACUUACUAUUGGAAUGAUCGGGUUGGUUUUGUUCGUUUGGCUAAGGAAGAACAACGAUGUUAAAGAGGCACCAAGGCCAGCUCAGAAAUCAUUUAUGACUCAAGAUGUCCAGACAGACAACACAGGUCAAAAUCAAGCAGUCACUAAAGCCGUUCAGACAGACAACGAAGGUCGAAAUCAAGCAGUCUGUAAAGCCAUUCAGACAGAAAAUGAAGCGAAUGCAGUGGUGAAUGGUUCUGAUGAAGAUCUAAUGGAGACCUUCGUAGACCUUAAGAUGACAGAAGAUCUGCAAAAAGAAUAUGAAACAACACUGCUCACUGGGGGGAUUUCCGCUUUGCAGAAAAAGAUCAGCUCAGAGUUGAACGUUUGGCAAAAUAUAGUGACAAGGUUUGCUAUCAUUGGUGAAUCGGGAUCAGGCAAAUCCUCCUUUAUAAACGCAAUGCUUGAACUAACUGGGGACGAUCCUACAGCGGCAAAGGUAGGUUGCAAUGAGUGCACGACAGAAUGCAAAGAAUUCCGACACCCACGAAAGAAGACAUUAUCGUUUACUGAUCUUCCUGGUGUGGGAACCCCAAACUUUCCCAAGGAAACUUACCUUGAAGCUGUGCAGUUUGAGAGUUUCCACUUUUUUAUAUUGAUUACACAAUGUCGGUUUAAGGAAAAUGACCUAUGGCUGGUUAAAGAAAUUACGAAACGUGAAAAGCAUUUUUAUUUUGUUAGAACCAAAAUAGACGUUGAUGUUAGCUCGGACAAAAAAGCCCACCCGCGUUCACAUAAUCGAGUCAAACUGCUCAAGGAAAUUCGAACCAAAACAGCAGAACAAUUGAAAUCAAUAAAUGUUAGCCCAGACAAUGUUUUCCUGAUCGACAACUAUGAAACCAGACAAUUUGACUUUCAAACCAUGAUGACAAGACUCAUUGUCGACGCACCAUCACUCAAUAAGCAAUCAUUGAUAUUUUCGAUAUCGGCAGCAGGUGCGAACAUACUAAAGGAAAAGGUAGCUUCUCUUCGUUCACGAAUAAAAUAUCAGGCAAUGCUUGCAUCUAUUGGCUCGCUUGCGCCGAUUCCGGGGGUUGGAUUAGCUUGUGAAGUCGGAAUACUCAUGAAGGAGGUGAACUUUUACAAGUCACAAUUGGGCACUGAUAAGAACACGAUGCAACAGCUUGCAAUGAAGAUGGACAUGCCCGUGGAUUCGUUGUACAAGCAACUUGGUAUGACUUCGCACAUUCUCUUAGCGUCAAGGGAUAGCUUCCUCAAGUUAUGCACAGAAAUUGCUGUAUCUGAAGCCACAGAGAGUUUGCUUAAAUGGACUGCCCCUAUUUUCGGACAUUUAGUGUCUGCAGCGGCUAGCUUUCCUGUUUGUUCCUAUACACUGAACAGAUUGCUAAAUAUGUGCGAAGAAGAAGCUAUCAAAGUCAACAAAGAGUUUGAAAAUUGGAUUGUUGAAAAAACAAGUUCCUCCGUCGAUCCGUCGACUUGGUUGACAAAUCCGAGUACCUGCAGUUAAAGUGACAUUCUAACGCAAUUAUUGAAAUAUAGUGCAAAUGACUCAUG